AUGCAAACACAAAAUCCUCCACCAGUACUGGUCCUACACAUACAAGAGAAGGAUCAUACAAAGAGGACCACAAAGAGGACCACAAAGAGGACCACAAAGAGGAUCAUACAAAGAGGACCACAAAGAGGACCACAAAGAGGACCACAAAGAGGACCACAAAGAGGACCACAAAGAGGAUCAUACAAAGAGGACCACAAAGAGGACCACAAAGAGGACCACAAAGAGGACCACAAAGAGGACCACAAAGAGGACCACAAAGAGGACCACAAAGAGGACCACAAAGAGGACCACAAAGAGGACCACAAAGAGGACCACAAAGAGGACCACAAAGAGGACCACAAAGAGGACCACAAAGAGGACCACAAAGAGGACCACAAAGAGGACCACAAAGAGGACCACAAAGAAACGAGUAAAACCCUGAAUAAACCAUUUGAGUAUCUUUAG